GCGGUAUAAAGCCCUCGAGUAUAUUCGCGUGAGUGCUUAGUGUGCGCAAAGGACUUCGAGUGCGAGUGUUCUGUGUUCUCAUACGUAGCGUGCGCCGGCGCAGUUCUCGUCGCGCCGUAUAACUGCUCGCGCGCCUCUUUUUGUGCUUUGUUGAUUUUUUAAGGGCCAUCAUGCCUCCUACUCCAGACUACAGCGUGGACCUGGACCUGGGCGAGCCUCCACCGGAGCUGAUUGAGUACGCAUACCAGCACCUUGGAGAGGACCCCAGCACCAGACUCCAGGCCAUAUAUGAACUGAGGGAAAUGAUUUAUGAACGUGGAGAAUGUACCCCUCAUCGCAUGGAUGACGAAUUCUUGAUUAAAUUCCUGCGUGCGCGCAAGUUCAUCCCCAGGCGGGCUCAUAGAUUGCUUGUAAACUACUAUCAAUUCAAAGAAGACAAUCCAGAAUUGUUCAAGGAUGUUUUCCCACUUGACUUGAGGAAAAUCGGAGAUGCUGGCGUGAUCACUGUACCUCCAUACAGGGACCAAAGUGGACGUAGACUGCUGUUCUAUAGGAUAGGUUGUUGGAAUCCAAAAGUGAUACCCGUGGAAGACUUGUUCAAGGCGACCAUCAUGGCUAUGGAGCUGGGUCUACUGGAGCAGAGGUCACAGAUAUUGGGUGGGGUGGCUGUGUUCGACCUGGAAAACAUCGGCACCCAGCAUGCCUGGCAGAUAACACCCGCAGUCGCAUCCAAAAUAGUCAAACUCAUGGUGUCGUGUUUCCCCCUGACAACGCACGCCAUUCACGUCAUCAACCACUCGUGGCUGUUCGACAAGAUCUACAACAUCUUCAAACCCUUGCUGAACGCCAGUAUGCGAUCCAGGAUCUACUUCCAUGGUCAUGACUAUACGUCCUUACACAAACACAUACACCCAGAACACUUGCCAGAAAGGUACGGUGGAAAAUAUCCAGAUUACUCGUACACCAUCUGGCUGAAUUCUUUGAAGAAGAACUUCAGCGUGGCGAAAGAGGUCAUCAGCUAUGGGUAUAAAUUCCGUGAAGAAGAAGUGGAUCCUGAGGUAGUGAAGCAGCUGAAAGCAGAAGGGUUUAAGUUGUAUUGAGAGUCAGGACAGCCAACAAAUCCUGAACUUUUAUUAGUGUUUUGAGUAUAUGUGGAUAUAGUAUAUACAUAAUUAUGUGCAUUUGGAUAUUGGAAUAAUAAUUUAAAUUUAUCUCGAAGUCCAUUUGGAUUGGUAUAACAGCAACCUUUUUUAAAUAGCCAUAGAUAAAUGUCACUCUUUUAUAAACAUGUUAUAGUAUUAAAACAGCCAAAUUGGUUUGUGUUUUUUGUUUGAAGUUUGCUAUUUAAGCUUACUUGAGUAGUCUUGCAAUUUCUACAGACACAUUAUAGUUUUUUUUAUUUUUGUUCUACUCAAGAGUUGGUAGUUCAGUAAUUUGGUUGGUAGUCUGCCAAUCCACGUGUUGGAUGAUUUUAUUGGUAUCAAACUUUUAAUCCAAGGUUUUUGGAAAACUAAUUACUUAUUAAAAACUAAUGUAUUACAUUUUCUUCUAUGAAAGAACCGAAAUUAUGUGUAAUUCAAUAAUUUUGUUUAUUCAUUAGUUGUUGGGUCUCAAAAUAACACUUCUUAAUAUUUCCAUUUAAAUGAUGGAAUUUGUUUGAGAUUCCCUUGUAGCCAUUUCUUCUUUCAUUCCUAAGUUAGAUUAGUUAUUUCUAGAAUUAAACUUGAGAUUUCUAGUGGUUUAAGAUUAACUAGAGAAUAGUUACUGGUUCAUAUGAUAUUAAGUUUAUUUAGGUUUGACUAGAACGCAAUGCGCUCAUAAAUAAUUAUUCAUAUGAACCAGUUAGUAACUUAGAUUUACUUUUGUUUUUAGUUUGAUAAGUUCUUGAUGAUUUAAUUAUUUUGAAAGUUACAGUUUAUAAUGCACGAUUAGUCUAUUUAAUUUCUAUUGAGUUUUUUUUCAUUAUUUCGCAUCAUAAAUUAUUGUUGAGUUAAAUUUACUUAUCUUGUAUUGUAAACUUUAAGAACAUUGAGAGAAUUCGUCAAAAAAUCUGUGAUAGAUGUAUAUACACGUUUAGUUGAUAAGUUAUUUUUUAUAUUUAAGCACUGCUUAAUGUAUGCUUAGUAAUAAUAAAAAAGUAAAAAAAUAA